AUGGGAAGUUCGAGUUCAAAGCAAAGACAGACACCAGUGCAGGAAGCUCAGACUAACAGAUCGAAUCUGACUUAUACAUGCAGUAUCAUCGAUGACGAAUCCAUUAAUUAUGUAAUUCGUGAAAAUUUGCAUCGUUUAACGUGGGCGGAACGAGCGAUGGCACGUGAAGCGCAAAGCCUAGCCACCCAGGAAUUAAAUAGAACAAUGAGGAACUGUGAACUGGUGAUGUAUCUAGACAACACAACAAUAAGAAUCCGAGCCGGCAAUUGUGAUAACAGGAUAAUAAUGCUGAGGAAAGGCGAUGGAGAAAUUGAAUGGAAGUUCACCAAAAGAUCCUUCACACAGACAGUGUACAGUGGCGUUAGAUGGGUGGGCCAAAGCUUGCUUGGAUUUUUCGGGUCGUUAUUACCCAUAGCUGGUCAAGUCGUAGAAAGUAUCGGAUGGCUCUAA